UAACCUCAAAUUUCUCUCUUAAUAUUUAUUUGUUUUGUUUAUUUAUAUUUAUCUUAUUGUUUGUUUUUGUAAUAUUUCCCUUCUAUUAAAGAUGAAUGAGGGCAAUAGUCCCGGUCCUACCAAGCUCCUUGUACAAAACACCAAAAACGUAUCGCUGAAAAACUGGCACGUCAUUUGCAGAUCUUGCUUAUGCGAAAUAGAAAACGACCAUUUUUCAAUGGAAGAAACGUAUUUGGACCGUAAGCUGUUUGAUAUUUACGAAAACGUUACUUCCCUGAAGUUUGAGCCUUUGCACCCUCUUCCGAAAAAACUAUGCCCGACAUGUUACCAAGAAAUAAUUAGGUUUGAUAGGUUUAAAAAUAACGCAUUAGAGUCCGAAAGAUUAUUAUUAGCUGUGAACAGUUCAAUAAAUGAAAAUUUAACAGGAAAACUUGAAAUACCAAUAAAGGCAAAAGUUGAAGGAAAAGACUCGGAGAUUGAAGCCCCUUUAUUGGAUAAUUUUGGGAGUAACUGUGAGGAUGAUUCCGAUAAGGACCAUAAAAUCCCUGUGAAAAGUGAAACUAAGUUUCUUGUCUGUGAUGAGUCGGCCAAUGAAGUUCCUAAAAUCCGGAAAAAGAGGCGGAAGAUUAUUUUGAAGGCAGAUGAGGACGAGCAAGUGGGUCGAAAUGAAAAAGAAGUGUGCUCGGAGUGCGGAAAAGAAGUCUUAGCCUACCGGAUACAAGACCACAUGAGAACCCACACCAAGGAAAAACCUUUUAAUUGUAGCAUUUGUGAGGCCAAAUUUGCAGAUAGAAGCAACCUAAGGAGACACGUGAAACUGCACUUAAACUAUCGGCCAUUUGUUUGUGAAAUUUGUGGAAAAGAUUUUAUAAGACCGUCAAGUAAAAAAAUCCAUAUGCUAACAGUCCAUAAGCAGGAAAAGGACGUUUUUUGCCCUGUAUGUAAAAAGGCUUUUAAGCACAAGAUGUUCCUUAAGAAGCACAUGGCUUCUGUCCAUAAUAAAUCCGAGGAUCCCAGUGAGGAAAUACCCUCGGAAUACCCUUGUGUGCAUUGCGAUAAAAUUUACAAGUUUAAAUCCAGUUUGUAUGCCCAUGAGAAGCGGCAUGUUGAUCCCAGGCCGUUUUUAUGUAAUACUUGCGGCAAAAGCUUUACAACCAAGGCAAUAAUGCAAAACCACGAGAGAAUCCAUACUGGGGAAAUGAUCUAUGAUUGUUCGGUGUGCGACAGGAAGUUCCGGACUUUGUCUACGUUAAAAACACACGAAUUGGUUCACAAGGGCGAAAAGCCCUUAAGUUGUCAAUUUUGCGAUAAACAAUUUAGACAACACGCCCAUUUAAAAACGCAUAUCAGGGGACAACAUAAUGGGGAGCGACCGUAUAAUUGCGACUAUUGCGGGAAAAGUUUUAAGCAGAGUUCGAAUUUGAGGGUUCAUAUUCGACUGCAUACCGGGGAAACUCCUUUUCAUUGUGGCGUAUGCGGCAAGGGGUUUUACGACUCUUCUAGGUUAAAAAGGCAUAAUAAGAGGCAUGACAGUGUUGUGAUCAAAUUCGAGGAGAAAAACUCUUCACAUGACCCAAAAGAAGAACCUUACCCAACCAAUAAUUGGCUAGAGUUGUGAAAAAGAAGAGUGGAUAAAAGCUUUUAAUUCUGUCACAUCCAAUUGAGGAGACAUUUUAUCUUAGGCAGUAACUUAUUAAAUAAAAUUUGACAUUAAUUGUA